AUGGCCAAACGCCUCAGACUCCGGCUGUGGCUGGACCAGCAGGCCAGACCGCCGACUUUCAUGGAUGAGCUCAGUGAUGGACUGUUGCAAGGAGAGCAGUCAUCGCCGGCGAGGGUCCCGAAGGUUAUGGAUAGGCAAUCCGAUGAGACGUUGGUUCUUUCGCGGUCCAUGAUGUCCGACCUAUGCUCGAUCUGGUUCGAGAAGUAUCAUCGCUGGUUUCCCAUUUUGCACCAGCCAACUUUCGACCAGAUCAUAGAUCAACCGAACGUCGUAGUACCAUCGGACCGACGAAUGGUGAUAGAUGCCAUUGCAGUCGCGACAAUGGAGCACUACGAGGUGCUGUCGGUCGACCCCGCCCAAAGGCAGCAGUUGCAAGACAACAUAGCUGCUUCGGUGUUGAGAAGAGCGAUUGCCACGGCGUCAUUGGCAUCGGUACAGGCGUUGUUGAUCUUGUCUGCAUUGUCGUAUGGCCAUGGGAAGCUGAUGGAAGCGUGGAAUAUGCUCGCGAUCUGCCGUCGUAUCGCCUUACAUCUGAGUUCCGACAUAAUGACUGACCAGAGCACUCCGACCGCCACGACUCCAACAGCACUUCGAAGGCUGCCGACGCAUACCAACCUCGUGGUUACGGACGAAGGAAAGAUACGCGCCUUCUGGAUGACGAGAAUGCUCGAAAACAUUUCGGUAAUCGGGGCCAGAUAUGAAGCGGGUUCUACAACUGUUCCGGGAGACCCGCUGUUACCAUGCAGUGACUCUUUCUGGACAUCCCCGAAUAUGGUCAUGGGCGAGGGCCAAGUCAGGCCUUUCGGGUAUUAUUGCUCAGCUUUCAGUCUCAGCAUCAUACUGGCAGUUAGUGAGCUGUCGUACGUCCAUCAAUUUCUCCGGAAGCCUGUCAAUAUGGCUUGCUUUGCAGAACGCGACACUUGGCAAAGUGAAGCUCAGCAGAUUGAUGAGAGGUUGACAGCUUGGCGGGAUGAGUUCGUCGCAGCAUUCUUCCGGCUAGCGAACGCAGAACAUGCCCAUCACGAGCGGGCGGAGAUGGACGCUUACAUAGUUCUCACCGACUGUGUAUUGAACACUGCGGUCAUCACUCUGCUUCAUAGAAGAUCGCCUUGUCCAGCCGGCAUCGAUCAGGUCGUUGAGCCGUGGGCAUUCGCAAGUAGUAGAUUCGUGUAUGCGAGCGAGAACACAGCCUUCAAGAUCCGACAGAUGCACGAAGAUGAACUUGUGAACUGUCAUCCUCACUCGCCAUUUUCGAUAUUUGUGGCAGCCAGGUUCUACAUCGUGCAUUCCAAGGCGCUGGAUGCCAAUGUUCCAACCAAUCUGCAUUCGCUGGCCUUCGCUUUGCACACGUGUGGAAAGCACUGGGCUCUUGCCCGACUUUUCGAGCGCAUCAUACGCAUAGCUGUGGCAGAGUAUCGAACGCCGAUAGCAGCUUCGACAGUUCCGAGGGAGUUCUAUGAUCUGCGACUGACGACUUUCGAGAUUGCAGAGUCACUGAUUGAGUGGGCCCAAGGUCCGGGGACACAUGCAGCAGCAAAUAUAGGGUCAACGCAGUCCCAUGCGACUGCUACAUUCAUGCGAAUGGCAGUGGAUGUGCUUGCCUGA